CUCUUCAUCAUCCCCAUCUCUACUCCAUCUUCAACCAUGGCCUCUUUGAAAAUCAUAGCCCUCCUCCUCCCCCUCCUCUCAAUCAUCUCCACAUCCUCCGCUUCCCUCCUCAAACCCGACUGCGGUUCCUGCUCCGAACCCUCCCCCACCGCCGACCCUAACCUCCCCCUCCCGCCAGUCGGAAUUCCCAAACUACCCCUCCCGCCAGUCGGAAUCCCCAAACUACCCCUACCACCCGUCGGCAUCCCAAAACUACCCCUCCCGCCCGUUGGAAUCCCCAAAUUGCCCCUCCCGCCAGUCGGCAUCCCCAAACUGCCCCUUCUGCCGCCAGUUUUGGGGAAGCCGAAGGGCAAGGGCAAGGGCAAGGGCGGGUGCCCUUCGCCAUCAAAGGGAGCGACAUGCCCCAUCGACACGUUGAAGCUAGGCGCAUGCGUGGACCUUCUAGGAGGGCUGGUUCACGUGGUGUUGGGAGACCCCGCCGUGAACGAGUGCUGCCCCGUCAUCUCCGGCCUGGUGGCGGUAGAAGCCGCCGCCUGCCUCUGCACCACCCUCAAGGUGAAGGCGCUCAACCUCGAAAUCUUCGUUCCUUUAGCUCUGGAGCUAUUGGUCACCUGCGGCAAGACUCCGCCGCCCGGCUACACUUGCUCUCUCUAAUUCAUCCCAUUAUUUGUGGGAAUGUUGAAGUAUCUGACAUGAGAGGAUGUCACAUUAAUCAAUUUCCAUUUCGUUGAUUGCUAGAUUGGGAUGUAUGUUUGUUGAAUUGUUUAGUUUGCAAUUGUUCAUCUUGAUUUCAUUAUGUAAAAGUACUAGCUCCGCACUCAUAUGCGAGGAAGCAAUUAUUGAACAUUAUUUUUCGUGCAAUUGUACAAGUGUAUUGUGCUUGAGAAACAUGCACAAAAACAUGGUUUGGAGAAAUUUCUUUAUAUCGUUUUUAA